GAAGAGAGUAAAGAAGAUAAAAACACAAUUUGAAGCUUUUAAUAUAUAUUUCUCAGAAACUUCAAAAGAGCUUUAGAAAAAUGGGUACAGCUACUUGCGUUGAUAUUAUUAUCGCCAUCCUCUUGCCUCCACUCGGUGUCUUUCUCAGAUUUGGUUGCGGGGUUGAGUUUUGGAUAUGUUUGGUUUUGACGCUGCUUGGGUAUAUUCCUGGGAUCUUAUACGCCCUUUAUGUCCUCACCAAAUGAUUUACCAUCUAUCAUCUCCUUGAACAGCUGUUCCGUCGUGUUCUCCUCUCUUUGUGACUGAUUCAUCGUUUCUUUCUUUCAUCAGAGUUUUUAUGUUUCAAGUAAUUAAAUUAAUCAUCACUGUUGUCUUUGCAUUGUCAUAUAAUGUUGUGUUGAUGAUAUAAAAGAAGAGAGCGUUGGUUUGUACUGUUUUGUGUGAAGAAUUUUUUUUUAUAUAUAGUUGGUUUAUUACAAUAAA